UAAUAUUUAAAAACGUUUUCUAAAAAAGGCACUCACGGGUUUCGCGGUUGCGACCCGAAACUAUUGUUUUUAAUGGAACGUGCAAGCGAACGACGACACGUUUUUCAAAGUAGACGAUGCUGUAGCACACCGGCAAUGGCAAGUCUUCCUGACUUUCCUGACUCUUUCCUGGAGGACAUCCGGCGAAAAAUUGCAGCAUAUACUUUUAAAGAGGAAGAAACCAGUGACCAAACGAUUCCAAAACCAGUUGACAAAGACAAAGAUUCAUCAGGACAGAAGACAGUUGAGGACACUUCAAGUAAAAAACCAGUGGAAGAUAUUGUGAAAGAUAAACGAUCAGCAGUUAUUUUUUCACUUCGCAAUCAAGUGGGUGGUUUGGUUCGUGCUCUUCGCGUAUUUCAGGAAAAGAACGUGAAUGUGAACCAUAUUGAGUCUCGUAAGUCACAUCGUAAAUCGUCACAAUACGAAAUCUACGUGGAUGUCGAAUGUGAAAAAGGACAAAUGGAUGACUUGAUUCACACGCUACGUCACGAAGUGGACUGCGUCACACUAGAGGAACUUGAAAGUGGUUCAGUGGAUCUGCCUGAAAUGCAACCAACUACUCCCACUAGUCCAGGACUCUAUACUGAGUUCGAUGGGAUGCCAUGGUUUCCAAGGAAACUGUCCGAUUUGGACAAGACUUCAAACAGAGUGUUGAUGUACGGAACAGAACUUGAUGCUGAUCACCCAGGUUUCAAAGACAACACUUACAGAGAAAGACGUAAAAACUUCACAGUUAUUGCAAUGUCUUACAAACAUGGACAACCAAUCCCAAGAGUUGAAUAUACUCAAGAAGAAAUCGACACUUGGGGGAGAGUUUUUAAACAUCUAAAGGCACUGUACCCAACCCACGCUUGUAGAGAGUUUCUGGAAAACUUCAACCUUCUCAUUAAAUAUUGUGGCUAUAGAGAGGAUAAUAUUCCCCAGUUGGAGGAUGUUAGCUGCUUCUUGAAACGACGGACAGGAUUUCACCUUCGACCUGUGGCCGGCUAUUUGUCAUCACGCGAUUUUCUGGCUGGUCUAGCUUUUCGUGUAUUCCAUUGUACGCAGUAUAUACGUCACAGUUCGGAUCCUUUUUAUACUCCCGAACCUGAUUGCUGUCACGAACUUCUGGGUCACGUGCCCCUUCUGGCAGACGAUAGUUUCUCUCAGUUUUCUCAAGAGAUUGGUCUUGCAUCACUAGGAGCCUCGGAUGAUGAAGUGGAUAAACUGGCAACAUGUUAUUUCUUCACUGUGGAGUUCGGACUUUGCAAACAGAACAAUGAGACGCGAGUGUAUGGUGCUGGUCUUCUCUCCUCAAUCGCCGAAUUACAGCAUGCAUUGUCACCGAAUGCUAAGGUUCUACCGUUUGACCCCGAGCGAACUUGUCAGCAAGAACCCAUUAUUACGUCAUUUCAAGAAGCUUAUUUCUGCACUGGUAGUUUUGAAGAGGCCAAAGAGAAAAUGAGAGAAUUUGCAAAGACCAUCAAACGUCCUUUCGGUAUUCGCUACAACCCCUACACACAGACAGUAGAAAUACUCUCGAAUACCAGGAAGAUUGCUCGUAUGGUGAGUGAGCUGAAGGGCGACCUCUGUAUUGUAACAACAGCUCUGAGUAAGAUUCAUGCGCAGUAGAAUAGAAACCUACGCUAUAUUGUGUGUGGUAUUUAUGAUUAUACGUACAAUUAGUUUACGUAAAUAUGUUAAAGCUAUUUUAGUGACGUGUUGAAAAUGCUUAUAUUUUCCCCUUUUAUGCUUUAAUUGAAAGAAGAAGUUCAACAGACCUAUAAGUUAAAUAAAUAUCGGUAUAUCACGUUUGCAAAUUUUGAAGCUUAUAUACGGUCGAAAUCGGUGUAUUCAAUAUUUUAUAGAUUAACAUAUUAUAUUUCUUCUGAUGAUGUGGCUUCAGUAGUGUUAGAAUUUAGAAAGUAGAAACCACAUUCGGGUAAUCAACCGUUCCUGCUUAAAUCCUACGUCUCAUAAAAACAAUAAUACAAUGCAUAACAUAUUAAAAGAUUAAUUUGUGACAAGUUGGCCUAACUGUUUUAACAGACAUCGUCACGAAUAAAAGUUUCCCUAUACAAAACAAAAUACGUUGUUCCGUUCUUUCGAAGAUAAUAAAAAACAGGAAAUUCUCUGAAACUAAAAUAUUCUUUCUUUCUUUUUGUAGACAAUUAUGAAUGUUAUUAAAGUUACGAAUUACUUUGGAGAGUAGAAGAAAAUACAUUAU